CCCAAACACCGCUCGGAAACUCACGAUAAAGUCUGAAUCCCAACUUUGUGUCGCCCUUCGGAGUUACACCCGGAGUCUGGAAGGGGCUCCGUGUUGCCCCCUGUGGCCGUUGUUGGGAAAACAGCGAUUCUCACCAAGCGCUAAGUAGCAGUGGGAGUGUCCGCCCUCCGGCCGCAGGGGGGCAGCAAUGAGCCCAUCACAACCUGGGGCACCGCAACGGACACAUCUAAUUAAAUAGCAUAUAAUAAAUAAAAUAUAAUGUAAUCUUAUACUUUUGUAACAAUAAAACAAAGAAUCCGGGGCACUUUGUCAGUUUCUUUUGAUGCCUAUUCAGACAGCUCUGGAGCAGUUUAGUAACUUUCCAGUGAGCUUACUUUACGGUAACAUCACUGCCAUGUAUCCUAUAUUAUUUCUCUCUGCCAUGACUCGUAUUUCUCAGUCGGUGGUGACUUUCUCUUCGGGCCUCGCAGGCCCGCUCAGCGGUGGGUUUCUGAUUUCUCAGUGUAGUGGUGCACGGACAGUCUGUCACCUCAUCAAGGAGAAGGGAUUUGUCGGCUGACUGUCCCAGUGUACAAAGAGUGACUGCCUAUGAGGAGUAACAGUCAAUGAAAGUCCAGGGUCUCUUCACUUGGCUGUUUUCAACACUGUGUGUGGGCUCUGUGCAGAGCAGCACAAAGCUGAGCCUCUCUACGGAACCGUCAUCCACCGGGUGGGAGAGACCAGCGGGGUAACCGAUGCGGCGAUGAGGACGCGACGGACCUGUUGUCUCUGACUCCUGUUGAAGUGAUGCAUGCUGCAGGGCUGAGCUACCAGAAGGCCUCAGUGCUGCUGCAGUCAGUGAGCAAAGCCAUUGCACCGCCAGUCACCACGGCUCUGGAGGUGUGGAAGCAACACUCUGGCUCCUGUUUCUCUACAUCGUUGCCUGCUCUGGAUAAACUGCUGAGAGGAGGCCUGCCCUGUGGGACCGUCACAGAGGUGACAGGGCCAUCGGGCUGUGGCAAGACCCAGAUGUGUUUGAUGCUGAGUGUUGUGGCCACUCUGCCAAAGAGUGAGGGCGGCUUGGACGGCAGUGUGAUCUACAUUGACACAGAGUCAGCUUUCUCUGCUGAGAGGCUUGUGGAGAUUGCACAGAGCCGGUUCCCAGACUACUUCAGCUGUAAGGAGAGAGUCCUGCAGAUGGCUGGGCGGGUCCAUCUCUUCAGGGAGCUCACCUGUCAAGAUGUUCUCAAUAGACUGGAGAGACUAGAAGAAGACAUCAUCUCUACCAGAGCAGGUCUAAUCAUCCUGGACUCCGUGGCUUCAGUGGUGAGAAAGGAGUUCGACAUAACGCUGCCCGGCAACCUGAUGCACCGCAGCAACCUGCUGAGCCACGAGGCCACCACCCUCAAAUACCUGGCCCACCAGUUCAACAUACCCGUGGUCCUGACCAACCAGAUCACAACUCACGUGGGGGAUCGAGGAUCUGCCCUGCCUGCUGAGGUGAAUUCUGGGUUCGUGACAGCGGCUCUGGGGAAUACAUGGAGUCACAGUGUCAACACACGGCUUAUUGUCCAGUAUGUGAACGCACACCAGAGACAGAUAUUGAUAGCCAAGUCACCUGUGGCUCCAUUCGCUGUGCUGAACUACACCAUUCAGAAGCAGGGAAUCUGUGUCGAUGGAAACGACAGUCAGGAAACCUUGUAUGAGGGCACAGAUCCAGGCCUCCAGCCAAUCAGGGUGCGGACUGGAUUCAACUACGACCUGAACAGAUCUGUGGACUGAACUGACCAAACACUGCUGUGACUCACCUGUGUGUGUACUUCUGCCCAACUUUACUCUCUUUCUCUUUUUCCAACUGUUGGCCUACCUCACUCACUCACAGCCACCGACUCUGUGUCUAAACUGAAUAAAAGCAACUUUACAGAGUUUUCAUCCACAACCGUGAACACUCUCUCUCUCACACACACACACACACACACACACACACACACACACACACACACACACACACACACACACACACACAGAUAAGUGUUUUGUUGUAUGAGCUGCCCCAAACAUGAUAAUGGCUGCUAUUGUUGAUGUGGCUGCCUUGAGUGUUACUUGAUGUUUGGACAUUCAAAACACACAGAAACAAACACCAUACGAAACGAAAAGACUCGGGAUGAGGGCCCGUAGUGUAAUGAUGGCAGGUACUGUCAGACUGUGCGUCAAUCAUAGUGGUUGUUUUCAACUACAGUAUAUGAUGACUGAGGCACAGUGCCUAUAGAAUCCAGGCCGUGGUGGCCUUAUGGUUAAUGCACAUACCAUAUAUUGUAACCACAAUAUUGGUGCUUCCGUUCCAGCCCCGGACCAUUGUUACAUGUCAUAUGCCCCUCUCUCCCUACAUUUCCUGUUACUUGACAACAACUAUGAAAUAAAGGCAAACUGCCAAAUAAGUCAAAGCACGAGGGAACAUUUGCUGGUCAAACGUGUUUCAGCCACUCACUUUGUCAUUUUGACUUAUUGUAAGCAUCUCUGUUCACUGUGUUAAUAA